UCAUCCUACCUUAGGUAAGUAGGUAAGGUACCUAGGUACUCAUUUUGUGCCAUCUGAAAGUUCGGCAAGCACCCGAGCACCUUCCCCUUCCCGCGCAUCGCUCGCCUGCCUCUGUUGUCGCGAUGGGAAGGGAAGGGGAGGAACGAAGAAGGGGAAACAACGAUCAUUUAAUCAAUCAAUCAAUCAAUCAAUCAAUCGUUGUGGCUGUUGCUAUGACCGUGGCUGGGGAUGUGGCUGUGGCAUUCUUCAUCGAGAUCGAGAUCGAGCACCAUCUAUCUCCACGCCUCUCUCUCUCUCUCUCUCUCAACUUCUCUGAAUCUCUAUCUCUCCCUCUCUAUCUGCCAUUACCCCACUUCUCGUCUCCCAUCACCAUUAUCAAGGCAACCUUACCGACACCACCACCACACCAUGGACUUCUUCCCGGUGGCUUGGAUCCCAGACCAGAUGAGGAGCGACAUACAGGGAGGGUAUUUAACAGUUCAGCUGACCAUUCAUCCUUGACACACACUAGCCGCCUGUCCCAGUCCAUCGGAUGCGGGGAUCCUCUGAACCUGACUCUUUACCUUGUCCGAUGCUGGCAAUCAUUGGAGAGGGGGAAAGUGUCGAUCGCUGGGAAGAGCCCAGUCCCUCCUUCAACGCAUCCAUGAACCCUCGCCGUGUUGCUCCGUGGCUUGCGACGACUUCGGCAUCGCUGUCCCCAGUCCAUGUUCCUUGACCUUCCGGCGCCCG